UUUAUUAUUAACUGUUACGUUAUCUGUAAUUACUAUCAGUACCUUCUAAUGUAGGAUAUCAGUACCUUCAUUUGGAUCUUCAAGGUUUCCACUGUUUGUUUUUUGUCCUGGAGAAAACCUUGGGUUAACGAUAUGCCAUUUCAGAAGAUGUAUUUCUAGAAGUUCAAGUUGCCAGUCCACCAGUCUGGGAUCGAGGCUGUGUCAAGAUCAUGAAAUUCUUAGUGUUAGUCGCCUUUGUUGGUGUGGCUGUUGCCUUCCCCAUCAGUGAUGAGGAUGAUGACAAGAUUGCGGGAGGCUACAGCUGUGCAAGGAGUGCCGCACCCUACCAGGUGUCUCUGAAUUCUGGAUGUCACUUCUGUGGAGGCUCUCUCAUCAGCAGCCAAUGGGUGCUGUCAGCUGCUCACUGCUACAAGUCUUCCAUUCAAGUGAAGCUUGGGGAAUACAACCUGGCAGCCCAAGACGGCAGCGAGCAGACCAUUAGUUCAUCUAAAGUCAUCCGUCACUCUGGCUACAAUUCCAACACACUGAACAAUGAUAUCAUGCUCAUCAAGCUUUCCAAAGCAGCCACACUCAACUCCUACAUCAACACAGUUCCUCUGCCUACCAGCUGUGUGACCGCUGGAACAACGUGCCUGAUCUCUGGAUGGGGCAACACACUCAGCAGCGGCUCUCUGUAUCCAGAUGUCCUGCAGUGCCUGAAUGCCCCUGUACUCUCCUCAAGCCAGUGCAGCAGGGCUUACCCUGGUAGAAUUACCAGUAACAUGAUAUGUAUAGGAUACCUGAAUGGAGGAAAAGACUCCUGCCAGGGGGAUUCCGGUGGUCCAGUAGUCUGCAAUGGUCAGCUUCAGGGUAUUGUUUCCUGGGGUUUUGGAUGUGCACAAAAAGGUUAUCCUGGUGUUUACACUAAGGUUUGCAAUUAUGUUUCCUGGAUUAAAACGACUAUGUCUUCCAACUGAGACACUCAUUUUACGUGACCUGCUUUUCCUCCUCCUCAUUUCCUUCUGCUUUGGAAUUGGAUGUACACACCUUCACAAAAAAUAAACAUUUUCAGGCAGCCCUUCUUUGUGCAGUUCCU